AUGGCAGAAGCUAUUUUUAAACAUCAAGUUGAAUUACAAGGAUAUUCUAAAUUUUUUAAAAGAAUUGAUUCAUUUGGUACAAGUGGAUGGCAUAUUGGAGAAACUCCAGAUUCAAGAUCAGUUAAAACUUGUAAAAAACAUAAUGUACCAGUUGAUCAUUAUGCUCAACAAAUAAAUACUUCAGAUUUUGAAGAUUUUGAUUAUAUUAUAGGUAUGGAUCAAGCUAAUAUAAGUAAUUUAAAUCAAAUAAAACCUAAAAAUUCAAAAGUUAUUGUUGAAUUAUUUGGUCAUUGGAAUGAUAAAAAUAGUGGUUUUAAAACUAUUGUUGAUGAUCCUUAUUAUGGAGGUAUUGAUGGAUUUGAAUAUAAUUAUAAACAAAUUUGCCAUUUUGCUGAUCAAUUCUUAAUUCAAGAAAUUGGUACUUUAGAUUAG